AUGAACAUCGAAAACCUAACAGCGACUGAGAACAUCUCAGGAAGUUGGGCAGCAUUCAUCAAUUUCACAUUCAACACAGUCACAGUAAACACCAUUGCCGAGGAGUCUAGGAAUGAUGAUACCCGAUUGAGAAUCAUUCAACUUUAUGUGCAACCGAUAGUUGGAAUUUCAGGAAUGGUCGCAAACAUUUUGACGUUUGGUAUGUUGAUAAAGAGCGGUUUAAAAAAGCCAUCAAACAUUAUUAUAUUUGGUCUGACAUUGGCUGACUGUUUUUUGCUUAUAUCCUCAAUUAACGUCGUUGAGUUAACAGCAAGAUUUCUUCAUUCUAAAGAAACUGCAAACUACUUUGGUUGGGAGUGUUCGGAAAAUCUGGCAAGAUUCUUGUUCAUUUUAAAUCGAGUGUUAACGACACUUCAUUACUGGGGUGGAUUUGCUGGGACUAGUUUGCCAGUUAUAAUCACAGUGGAAAGAUUCAUCGCCGUGUUUUUCCCGAUAAAAUUUGCAAGCAUUGUUACAUCUAAAAGAGCUUUUCUGGCGGUAGUUAGUGUCUGGUUGUUUUGGGGACCUUGGGCCUGUUUUUCUGCUUUUUUAAGAGACUUUAGAUUCACAGUUCUCCCUAAUGGACAGUUUAUCGGCUACGAAAAGAAUUCUGAUUUCUUCAUUCGUAACGCUGUGCUGAUUGUAAACCUCAACAGAUACGUAUUUAAUUUUUUAAGCUCCAUAGUUCCUGUCUCCAUUGUGACUUUUGGUUGCAUCCUGAUCGGAGUCAGGGUCAAGUAUUCCUACUUACAGCGUCAGCUGAUAUCUUCGGCGAAGAAAACGAAGAGGCCGUCGCUUAAAACGACGCGCACUUUAGUGGCUAUCGCGUUGAUCUUUGCGACCAUUCACGGCACCUACUUCAUCAUGACAUGUGCAAUGGUCGAUCAGUAUCUCAAUCAUACGACCUUCAGCGUCGUGUUUGACGAAAUCAAGCUGAUUCUCGUCUACGUCUGCGGCUCUUGCAACUUCUUCGUCUACGUUCUGAUCAACAAAAAGUUCCGCAACAUUUUAAUGAACAUCUUCUGUAAACGUUAA